UUUAAACUCUUUGCAGCUGUUUCCUAGCUGUCUUUUUUUUGUUUUUCUGUUAUUUUGUUAUUGUAAAACAAGCGGGCGGACGUUACGUUACGCGUUGCUGCCGUCGCAAUUUUUGUUGUUAAAUUAAAAAAAAAAACUUGUGCAUUUAAACGCAAGUAAGACGCGCGUGGAGUGUAACACCUGGAAAAGCAACAAUUAAGUUAGUUUAAAGCAGGACAGCAAACGAAUCGCAAGUAAAAUUUUGUGAUGCGCACAGAGCGCAAAUACGAGCGCAACGAAAAACGGUGAAAAGAAGGUGCGAAAAUCAAAAUCAAAGAAGAAAAUCUGACACACAAGUGCAAAAUUCAAAGAGUUCUUUUAAUAACCAAGAAAUAACGUGUUUUUGGCUUAUUGCCCUCCUGUUUCUGUGUAUGUGCCAAAGCAAAAACAAAAGAAAAUACAAAUAAAAGGGCGUCCACUGCAGCCAAGCCAAACAAAAUAAGCAAGACCGCGUUCCAAAAGGCGCUCAUGUUUCUUUCAAGCAAGAUGCAAUAAUGGAUGCAACUCAGACUGUCAGCAGCGCUGCAAGCACGUGCCGGGAUCAACUAACGUUGCAGCCUUUGCGCUCCUCCCGCGCCUCCAGUGCCAAUUUGAGAGCCAGUCGUUCGCCAUCCGCCAGCCGCAGCAGCGAGCAAAUGUCCAGGGAACGCAGCAACGACUCAGCAACAGUUGCAGCAGCGCCGACAGCAGCAGCAGCAGCAGCAGCGCCAACAGCAGUGACGAUAGCAGCAGCAGCAGCUGCUGCAACUAACAACAGCAACUCGUCGGCCUCGUCCAGCACAGUGGCAGCUGCACAGGCGGCUGUCUAUAGCGGCGGCAACACGGUGACCGGCAGUCUGAGCAGCAGUGGGGGCGUGGCCGUGCGCGGCUUUCGCAGCCACAGCCCCACACAUCGGCGACGCAGUCGCGAGCGCCAGCGACGCACACAUGGCUCCGAUCAGGGCGGUUUGCUUGCCUACAGCGGUCUCAUUGGUGCCGGCGUUGGCGACAUGACGGACUUUUCCGUUGCUGUUGCUGGCGCGAAUGUUGUUGGCGGCGGCGGCGGCGGUGGUGGCGGCAGCGCUGGCACUGGCAGCGGCCUGGAAGACUCAUCGCGUCUAUCGGGCAAUGAGGACUACUACUCGUCGUUUGUCUCCGAUGAGUUUGACAGCAGCAAAAAGCAUCGACGCAGCCAUGAGCGUAGUUCCAGCUUGCAGGCGCUUGAUCGCCUCAACACCAAGAUACAGUGCACCAAGGAGUCAAUUAGACAGGAGCAGACUUCCAGAGAUGACAAUGUCAACGAGUAUCUAAAGCUCGCUGCAAGCGCCGACAAGCAACAGCUGCAACGCAUUAAGGCUGUCUUUGAGAAAAAGAAUCAAAAGAGCGCACACAGCAUUUCACAGCUGCAAAAGAAACUGGACAAUUACACCAAACGUGCCAAAGAUCUGCAGAAUCAUCAAUACCAGACCAAGAGUCAGCAUCGCCAGCCACGCGAAGUGCUGCGCGAUGUGGGCCAAGGACUACGCAAUGUGGGCGGCAAUAUACGCGAUGGCAUCACUGGCUUCUCCGGCUCGGUAAUGUCCAAGCCGCGUGAGUUUGCGCAUCUGAUUAAGAACAAGUUCGGCAGUGCGGACAACAUCAAUCAGCUGAGCGAGGCUGAGCUGCAGGGCAUGCAGGCGGCCAAUGCGGAUGUGCUGGGCGUGGCUGGUGAGCGACUGCAGCAGCAGCAUGCGCAGCAGCUAACCAACGUAGGCACCUCAACUGGCUCUGGUGGCGGCAACAAUUUGAACAACAACACCACAACUGGCAGCGGCACCGGCAAAUUCAACAGCGACAAUGGCAGCGAGUGCAGCAGCGUCACCAGCGAAAGUAUACCAGCGGGUUCCGGCAAGAGUCAAUCGGGCGCCAGUCAGUACCACAUUGUGCUCAAGUCGCUGUUAACGGAGCUGGCCGAGCGCAAAGCUGAGAACGAGAAGCUCAAAGAGCGCGUCGAACGCCUCGAGUCUGGCCAAAAGGAGUUCAACAACUUGACUGCAACACUUGAAAGUGAACGCUAUCGUGCCGAGGGCUUGGAGGAGCAAAUCAAUGACUUGACGGAAUUGCAUCAGAAUGAAAUUGAGAAUCUGAAACAAACGAUUGCUGACAUGGAAGAGAAAGUGCAAUACCAAAGUGAUGAAAGGCUACGUGACGUCAACGAAGUGCUCGAGAACUGUCAGACAAGGAUAUCGAAAAUGGAGCACAUGUCGCAGCAGCAAUAUGUUACCGUCGAGGGCAUUGACAACUCGAAUGCUCGUGCGCUGGUUGUGAAACUCAUCAAUGUGGUAUUAACAAUAUUGCAAGUGGUGCUGCUGUUGGUUGCCACUGCAGCGGGCAUCAUAAUGCCGUUUCUCAAAACAAGGGUUCGCGUGCUGACUACAUUUCUAUCAAUUUGCUUGGUUAUCUUUGUGAUACGCCAAUGGCCGGAUGUUCAGGAUAUAGGCGCUGGCCUGGUGCGGCACCUCAAGCAAUCGCUUGUGGUCAAGUAGAGAUAGCCGCCUUCACAUUCGAUUAGCGUAGUCUUUAAUGUUUUUAUAGCCCUAAGCAUAUUUUGUAUAUAGACUAUGGAUACGUAAUAGCUUACAAUCCAUUUAGUUACAUCAGCAACAAAUCGCGCAUCACUUUAACGACUCACGUAUGCCUAUCUACGUAGAUACAAACGUUCAUAUGCAUACAAAUUUGUACAAACAAAAGUCAAAACGACAUCGCACACAUUCACAUGGCACACACACACACACACAUAUACACACAAAAUCAAUCACUCAUAUACGCAUGUGCAUAGUUAUGCACACUAUAUGUAUAAACUUAUAGUGAAAUUCAAUUUAAAGCUCUGCUAAACGUUUAGUUUAAUAACUAUAAUGCUGACAAGUUUCUGUGCAUUACUCAAUACUAUAAAAUA